CGUUCAUCAGAGUAAACACUUACUACGUAUGCGCUUUGUUGCCUGUCAUGGCAUGACGUCUCUUCUGUUAACAGGAACGGAUCUCUUUGUAUGCCGUCGCACAGCUGUCAAAACAAAACUGAACAUGGCAAGAUGCGCACAAAAACAUAAUUGAAUUGGACACUAUUCGGGAAUUAUAAAUUAAAAUUCAGUAUGUACUCAACCAGUCGCGUUGAACGACUGUAGUUGAUAGUGAUGACGACAACCUUAAGUUUUCUAGUACAGUGCCGGCAUUAAUAUUCCUCUCAAUAUUCGUUAAAAUUUCAAGUGAUACAGCUGUGUAUGUGGCAAAUUAUCAAGCCCAAAAAAAGGAAAGCGGUCGCGAAAAUGAGUAAAGCUAACAAUAAUUCGGUGAAAUAUUACACCAGACAAGUGAUCAGAGUAGUUUACGGGAUAGUUGAACUGAUGUUCCACAAAUUAUUCGGUUUAAUUUACGGAAAGGGACAAUGUAUGCCCCCCAUCACAGAUUUGAUCUUAUUGGAUUCUGCUACGACUCUUGCGUUCAAAAUACGUACAAGAAAGUUAAAAAGCACACAAGUCCUACAGUCCUUCAUAAACCGAAUCAACCAAGUCAAUCCAAUUUUGAACUGCGUGGUAGCAGAACGCUUCGAUGAAGCGAUGAAAGAAGCGCAAAAGGCGGACGAGCUGAUAGAAUCUGGGACCAUUCCUGAAGAGGCUUUAACCAGGGAAAAGCCUUUUCUAGGCGUGCCUUUUACCACAAAAGACUGUAUACCAAUCAAAGGUCUGAUCCACUCAUCUGGACUGUUGAAACGAAAACACAACAUUGCCUCUCAGGACGCGGAGGUGGUUUCGAGACUGCGCCGUGCCGGCGCUAUCCCCAUAGCUCUAACGAACGUUUCUGAGCUGUGCAUGUGGUGGGAAAGCGCUAACAAUGUCCACGGACGAAGCAUGAACCCGUACGACACGAACAGGAUUGUUGGGGGAUCAUCUGGAGGGGAGGGGUGCGCGCAGGCAGCUGCUGUAUCAGCCUUUGGUAUUGGUUCUGACAUUGGUGGAUCUAUUAGAAUGCCAUCAUUUUUCAAUGGCAUAUUCGGGCACAAACCAUCACCAAACGUAGUUCCUAAUCAUGGACAAUAUCCAGAGCCGGUGACUGAAGAACAAAAUAGCUUUUUGGGACUGGGGCCCAUGUGCAGACAUGCUGAAGAUCUAGCUCCAAUCCUCAAAAUUAUAUCUGGUAAGAAAAGUGAAGGACUGAGGUUGGAUGAAAACGUAGAUAUCAAGAAAAUUAGGUGGUUUUACCAAGAUGCGGAUGCAGGAUCGUUUUUCGUAUCACCGGUUUCGCCUGAGAUCAGAGAGCUGUUCGAGAAGAUAGCCAGACAUUUGGAGAAAGCUCAUAGUAUAAAAGCUGCAAAGGUAUGCUACCAACGCUUCUCCAAAAGCGGACCGUUGUGGUUCGCCAACAUGAAAUCGCCCGGCGGUCCAUCUUUCCAAGAGCAGUUGGCCAAUCUGAACGGUACCAUCAACCCAUGGUGGGAACUGCUCAAAUGGGUCUUCGGGCAAAGUGAGCACACAUUCAUCGGCAUUAUGACCUGCCUGGCAGAAAAAGGGGGUUGCAAGUAUGGCGAUGAGAAGUAUGAAUAUCUGGUUAGGGAGAAGAAUGAGUUUAGGAGGGAGCUGUCGGAUUUGCUUGGUGAUGACGGCGUACUGCUAUACCCAACUCACCCAACUAGCGCCCCCUAUCACAACGAACCUCUCUUUAAGCCGUUUAACUUUAGCUACACGGCUAUCAUCAACGUAUUAUGCCUUCCUGCAACCCAUUGCCCAAUGGGACUGGACUCCGACGGGUUACCCAUCGGCAUCCAGGUGAUAGCCAAGGACGGCAAUGACAAGUUAUGUCUUGCUGCGGCAAGAGAGAUUGAAAAAGCCUUUGGGGGCUGGGUGCCACCCAAGAUAGAAGCUUGAGGCACUAAGGGUAUGUCGCUAUUGUAACGUGUGGAUAUAAAAAAAUGUCUAGAAAUUAGGCUGUAUCAAUUUUCAACCAAACAGGACAGGAUGUAUAGGAAAAAUCACUUCGCAUUUAAUGGCAGUUUUUUUUUUCUUCAUGCAAGCAGUUUCCAAAAGUUUUCGAAAAUCGUAUUAAAUUUUUUCAUAAUUUAUGCCAGGAGAUAAUAUAAAAGAUGUCUUUUACAUUGUCUAAAAAUGUCAAUCGCGCAUAAUACCUUACUUUCGUUGCUCAUUAAUCCUCAAAACAAAACUGUUGCUCUAAAAAUUGUUAUAUAAUUCUUCCAGAAAGUGAGAUGAUGGAGAAUAUUGGUGAUUAUUACAUUGAACCUUUAUAUACAAUUUAACAGAACUCGAUCAUUUUUAUCUGCUUUAUUCCAUUGCAUUUAUCUUUUACGGGAUUUGAUUACUACGGUUUUCCUAUAGAAAUUGUAGGUAUGAAUGGAAGCUCUAUAAGGGGUAAUUUUUCAAAGUACUCGUAUGUGUAGUGUGAUCAAUGAAUUCGAAUAGGAAUUAGGAGCCAAGCCUAUAUGUUUACGUUGCAUUGUUAGUCACCAAAGUUGCUUAGUUUUCAUGUAUACUUUUGACUUAUUGACCACCGAAGUGAAACAAAAACACUUAAUGAUGGAAACAUCUACCUUCACUAGGCGUGUGCUGAUCUUUACAAAUUACGUAAGAAACACCAUGCCUUGAAAUCGGCUAACGCCACAAUUAUCUGCAAACACUUUUAAAAAAUAACACCAAAAAUAUGAACUUAAUGACAGAAAUGUCAAAAAAUUAUUUUAUGCACUUUAAUCCUCACUAUGAGAAUUAGGAGACAUACAAAUCCUUGACUGGCUCCUUCCAUCUAGUCUGAAUUCCUUGGAUGUGAUAGCAUCAUAGCGAUUUCCUAUCCCUAGUGCCUACUUAGAAGGACAUACGAUAUUUUUUAUAUGAAGCUAUAUAUUCAUUUGUGAUACUUUUAAAUAACUUGUCAUUUACUCUUGCUAUAUUUUGUAAACUGUAUAGAUCAUAUUUAAAGGUGUUUGGCUUCGAAAAAGGUGUUUUCAAAGUUGAUGAUGAAGUCUCAAUCAUUUUCAUGGCGUGUUAAAGGUGUAUUUCUAUUGGAGUAUUGGUUGAAUAGCUCAGGAUAACAACAAAAAUAUCUCAUUAUUACUAGAAGUGAGGCCGAAUUUUUUUGUCAGUGAUGUAUAAAAAACCACUUUACUGAAUGCACCUCUUUCAUGCUACUUUCAGGAUAUAGUCUUCAGUGUAGUUUUAACGUAAAAUUGUGUUUCAUGUUUUAAUCUCGUAAAAUUGAAUGUGAUGUUGUUUUUUGACAAAUUAAAUGAAAAAGGAUGAAAAUAAGUGGUAUAUUUAACAGUAAAGUAGCUGUAACAGCAUGUAAUUUCAAAUGCGAUAAUAAUCAAAAAGUUGUAAAUUGUUAAGCUGGCAUUAUACACUAGCUUAACUGUUGAAGUAUAAUAGAGGUAUAGUUAUUUACGUAUCAAAAGUUACAAAUUGUUGAACGUCAAAUAACAUGACAAUGAUGAUAGCGAUUGAUUUUUCAUUUUGUUUGUCAGAGAAUAUUCACAAAAUAGGAACCAAAAUUUUGACUGACCACUUAGAAAAAUUUUUAUUGAGGCAGUAUUUUUGCUAAUCUGUGUACGCACAAUGUAUUAUGUAAUGUGUAUAUAUCAAUCUGUGUGUUUAUUCUCAGGUGCUGUUUAUAUGGAAAAGUUCGGACUCUGUGUUAUUUUUAUAGCUGUUAUAAAUUUUAUAUGGAAAUAUAUGCUUACAACUUCA